AUGUCCUCAUCAUCGACUGGUGGAUGUGGAUCCACUGGCUGGAUGGGCAUGGUCCUUACAGUCCGCGAGACCAACAUGAUCCUGGUUAUGCAGAAACUCAUGGAGAAGCCUGAAUGGUUUCGCAAAGUCUUCGACGAUAUCAUCUGCAAUAAAUGGAUGGCCGAGGUUAUGAGCCAAGUCGAAGACUUCAGUGAGCUGAUGUGGCAAUAUUGCGUUGCGGAGCUUCGUGACAAAUCCAAAACGCUGGAAGAAACUGGUAUUGUCGCACCUGUCGAUGUCGACGCUCAAGUUGUCUAUUCAGACACCAUGGUCUCUGAGCAAUUGAGACAAGACCUCAAUCGAGCGGUUGCCUCCUUGGAGAAUGUGCCCGCUAAGGAUAAGGACUGGCAUCCUAGAACCCGAGAAAGAGUUCUCGACCUUGUUCACCCUUCCCUGUUUCCUCUAAUCUAUGGUCGCUCUAGAGUCAUGAAGGAAGUCAUACAAAGUCCUGAGAAUACUCCUCGCUUGUAUUCAGAGCAAUUUCAAUGGCUCCCUUGUGAUGUUAAGUUCGAAGGCGAGAACGACGUGAAGAUUGUCAGCUACAUCAACAAUCUGCAUCCACAAGAACAUUCCGAGCUCUAUCGUCUGAUUGAAAAGAUCAUCGCAAAAGCAGUGCCUCUGUGGGACCAAGUUUUCAGCCAUACUGGAGGUUCACUAUGCGAGUACAACGGAACUACGAAAAGCCGUGGUUAUGUUAGACCAUUUCAUCCUCGCGUAGAAAUCAAUGACUAUAGCUGGGAGACUGAGGAAGAGAAAGCGGAACUCAAAACUUUGGCGGAUGCUAUGGAUACUCGUCUUGAUGGCUGGUAUGAAGCCAGUCAAAAAGCCGACGAAGAAAAAGGUCUCUCCAGCGACGAAAGCUGGGAUUUGGAUCAGUGGUGGUCAAGGAACAUGAGGACUUUGCAAAUGCCUGAACCAAAGCCUUUUACACCUCGGGAAGACCCGGGAGAGCCUCUUCUUAAUCUUCGUCAGGAGUAUGCCGACAGCGGAUUGCAAAUCAUUGUCAAGCUGGCCAACACCUAUUUGACGCCUAACGACCCACAGUGGGAUGGCGGUAGCUGGCAUGUCGAAGGCUUGUUGAAUGAACACAUUGUUGCAACGGCCAUCUACUACUUCUCAAACGACAACAUUACACCCUCACAUUUGAAAUUUCGUCACAACGGAAGUGACGAGGCUGGUCUCGACAUGGCAUACGAACAAUACGACUGGGAGCAUCUCGAGAAGAUCACCGGGUUCAGGGACGAAUCAGAUGCUCUUAUCCAGAACCUUGGUAGUGUGCUCUGUAGACAGGGUCGUCUACUAGCUUUCCCAAACGUCUUGCAACAUAACGUGGGAUCCUGCGAGCUCGAGGACCACACGCGACAAGGCGAGAGAAAGAUCCUAGCACUCUUCCUGGUAGACCCGCACGUACGCAUCCCGUCCACAUCCAAGGUUCCUCCACAGCGAAGAGACUGGUGGCAGAGCGAGCUGCAGCGUGAACAUAUCGACAAAUUGAAGACACUGCCAAACGAAUUGAUGGAACAAGUCUUCAACGACGUCACAGAUUUCCCUAUUUCUAUGGAUGAGGCCAAGGAUAUUAGGGAGACUUUGAUGGAAGAGCGUGGGCCUAUCGCCGACGACAUGAUCGAGUGCGAAGCUUCGUUCUACUUCUGCGAGCACUGA